AUCUGGAGCAGUCCUGAGAUUCUAUGACUCUGUGACUAUGGUUCUAUAAUUCCAAGACAAAGCAAACAAUUCCAGUGCUCCAGGCAGCCUCAGCACAAGAAAAGAACAUGGUCUAGAUGGAAGUACCAACUAAAUCAUCUCCUUUCAAAUUAUCACCGACACCAUCAUGGAUUCAAGCACCGCACACAGUCCGGUGUUUCUGGUAUUUCCUCCAGAAAUCACUGCUUCAGAAUAUGAGUCCACAGAACUUUCAGCCACGACCUUUUCAACUCAAAGCCCCUUGCAAAAAUUAUUUGCUCCAAAAAUGAAAAUCUUAGGGACUAUCCAGAUCCUGUUUGGAAUUAUGACCUUUUCUUUUUGAGUUAUCUUCCUUUUCACCUUGUUAAAACCAUAUCCAAGGUUUCCCUUUAUAUUUCUUUCAGGAUAUCCAUUCUGGGGCUCUGUUUUGUUCAUUAAUUCUGGAGCCUUCCUAAUUGCAGUGAAAAGAAAAACCACAGAAACUCUGAUAAUAUUGAGCCGAAUAAUGAAUUUUCUUAGUGCCCUGGGAGCAAUAGCUGGAAUCAUUCUCCUCACAUUUGGUUUCAUCCUAGAUCAAAACUACAUUUGUGGUUAUUCUCACCAAAAUAGUCAGUGUAAGGCUGUUACUGUCCUGUUCUUGGGAAUUUUGAUUACAUUGAUGACUUUCAGCAUUAUUGAAUUAUUCAUUUCUCUGCCCUUCUCAAUUUUGGGGUGCCACUCAGAGGACUGUGAUUGUGAGCAAUGUUGUUGACUAGCACUGUGGGAAUAAAGAUGUGUUAAAAUA